CUUUGGUUAGAAACACGCUGACUGUUGAGUUUGACCAGCAUUAGAACAUGUUCCGCAACGUUGGGAAGAGGCCCGGGCCAAAGAACAAGAAAUUCUACCAGAUGCUGCCUCGUGUUGGCUUCGUCUGGCCAUGUGGUGACUUCAUGUAUUGGGAUGCUGUCGAAUUCCAAGAUGCAUUCGAAGAAGUGUGUCUCGCCAGCACCAAGUCAAAACAGCAAUUCGAUAUGAUGCUGGCUGGCCUUAUCAUCGGUCCCUUGAGGGAGGCCACGGAUGAUCUCUACGACUUGCAACCGAUGAAUUUCUGGGUGCAAGCACAGGCUAGGGGGCUGUCUACCAUCCUCUCAGCUUCCCACAUGGAUGUUGAGGCUGCCUACCGUUUCGUCUUUAAGGCAGUCAAGGCCCGCCGGGCAUUCCACAAGCGCCAAAGAGGACAGCCGCAGAUCCUGAAGGAAGGAUGGCUUGCGAGGGCCGUCGAUAGGCUCAUCUCCCACUUCCAAGCGGCCCCAAUCCAUUUCGAGACCUACCUUGGCUACUAUGUCAAACCAGACUUGAAAUUCUAUGGCCCGUACGACUACCGAAACAUCCUGGUGCGCCGUGACUGGCAGCGCAGGUGUGUGGAGGGUAAGAAUGCCGCGCCAUCCGUCCCCCUCGAGCCCAUGCCGCUCCCACAACUAAUGAAUGGGAUUUGGCCCCGCCCAAUCCCCUACAUGGAAGAUCUCCAGUGCGAUGCCAUCGGGAACGGCAUCAUCUUGGCAAAACCGGGUGAUUUUCUGUCGUUCUAGACCUGUCAAGUGUUGUUGCUCUCGAGCUCGGAUACGGCAAUGUCCAGAUGGAUUGGUCGGGGCCACACGGAUUCAACCCACAGCGUGUAUUCUACAGGAGUGUGCCCCAUGGGCGUUCCUCCAACACGGACCGAUACUAUUCGCCCGUCAUUUUUCAGCGCGGAUCUCCCUUGCUGUGCUGUGCCUCAUGACGAGGUUUUUUCCCUUUUUCCUUCUUCCUUUUGUCUCG